GGAGCUCCAUCGUCUGCUGACCUCGCUCCCAACCGCACAAUAGGCACGCGAUAGCCACUGCCUGCUCGAGGUUCGCACACAGCAAGAACGAGGCAAGGACAGCCCAGCUUUCUACUCAAUUGUUCGCCAUGCCGCCCUCCGCAACCAUCAUCACAAAGCUCAAGGUGCAGCUCAAGCUCACCAUAGCGCGCCUUCGCAUGGUGCAACAGAGGGACGAUGCUAUGGGUAAGACGCAGAGAAGGGCAAUGGCCCAGCUCCUGGAGGUCGGCAAGAUCGACUCCGCGAGAAUCCGAGUCGAGAACAUCAUCCGGGCCGACAUCACGAAUGAGCUGCAUGAGAUCCUCGAGUUGUAUUGCGAGCUUCUGCUCGCGCGGGCAGGACUCUUGGAUGCGCCUACCUGCGACCCCGGCCUCGAAGAAGCUGUCAAGAGCAUCAUCUACGCCGCGCCGAAAACAGAGAUCAAGGAACUACAGACAGUCAGGGUGCUCCUCGCAGAAAAGUUUGGCAAGGAGUUUGUCCUCUCAGCAAUGGAGAACAAAGACGGAGGCGUUUCAGAGAAGGUGGUGAAGAAGCUCAGUGUGACUCCUCCCAGGGAGGAACUUGUGCAAGGUUACUUGGAGGAGAUUGCGAGAGCGUACGGGGUGGACUGGCCCCCGGGACGCAGGCAGCUGGGAGCGGCACCCGAGUACGAAGAUGGCGAAGACGACGACGAUGAGGGAAGCGGUGGCCAGGCAGAGAGGAUCCUGGAGCCCUCGGUACCCGCUGAUAGCAAAGAAGCCCAGGAACGGGAAAGUCUGGGUCGCGCGAAACCACCAAAAUCAAUAGGGCAGAACAGUCCCCUGCACAUUAAUCCUCCAAGCCCCUCGACCGAGAAUCCACGGCCUAAAAUCACCCUGAACUCGACGGAGCUGAGACCGAGCAAGAAGAUGGUAGAUGCUGGCCUUGCCAAGAAGCCAGCGAGCAAGAAGCCCGACGAUGGGCUUCCCAACCUCGAGGAUCUGGCAGCGCGCUUUGCUGCCUUGAAGAGGUAGAUUUUCAGAUUGUGAAAUUUAGCAUGCCACAGACUUUCAAUGUUACUGGAUCAAAGCAUUUAUUCAUUUUUCGCCAACAGGGCAUUGGUCGCAGUUCCUCCGCAGUAUGGCAUUAGCCGAGGGUGUUACAACCAAUAUCAAAUAACUGAGGGCUAUCGCGCGGAUGGAGAGUGGUCACAAACAGUGCCAUUUAAUCCAUGAAGGAUUACGCCUGCCAUAUUUACCUCUGGUGCAUCUAGUGGGUGAUGAAGUGGUUUCAUACCCAUCCAAGCAGUUUUUAGCUGGAAGUAUCCCAGACAUUUUGCCAUGACAAA